UUACGGAAGACCCUCUCGUCAAAAUUCACAUUAUCUCCGCUCUCUUCUGUUAGUACCAAAAAGUUCAGAAAAACCCUAACUUAUUGUGUUAUCCCAGAAAACCACCCAAUAACUGUCAUAAACCGGCUCUGUUUCACUUCAAUUCGGCUAUUUCGAGGUCUUCGAUGGAGUGAAGCAGCGGAGACCAGUGGAGAGCCCUCCAAGAUCCAGGGAAAGAGACCCACGCAGUACCGAUGGCAUCUGCGGACAAAGAGCUCGAAGAGCAGCUCCGUGAAGCUGGAAAUAAGCUCGUAGAUCCUCCUUCUUCUGUCGACGAGCUCCUGCCCCUUCUUGAUGCCGUCAUCUUCUGGGGAUAUAGGGUGUUUUUGGUGCAAAUUGAGAGUUACCUAUCAAGGGUGGAACAGUCUCCAACAAAAUCUAUGCAAAAUGCGAUCUCACCAUCUUUGAAAGCAUUAGUUGCUGAUGAACUUUUGAGGCAUCCAGAUAACGAUGUGAAGGUGGCGGUUGCUUCUUGCAUCACUGAAAUAACAAGGAUAACUGCACCUGAUGCUCCUUAUGAUGAUGAUCAAAUGAAGGAGGUGUUUCAAUUGAUUGUAUCUUCAUUUGAGAAUCUAUAUGAUACAUCAAGCCCAUCAUAUGCUAGGAGAACAUCCAUUAUUGAAACUGUCGCAAAGGUCAGAUCAUGUGUGGUAAUGCUAGAUCUUGAGUGUGACGCCCUGAUUGUAGAGAUGUUUCAGCAUUUCUUUAACGCAGUUAGGGGACAUCAUCCAGAAAAUGUUUUAUCAUCCAUUGAGACUAUUAUGACCCUUGUUAUUGAGGAAAGUGAAGAGAUAUCUAUGGAUCUGCUUUCUCCGAUCUUAGCCAGUGUGAAGAAAGACAAUGAGGAAUUUUCACCAAAUGCUCAAAAUUUGGGGGAGAGAGUCCUGGAAAGUUGUGCAACAAAGCUUAAACCGUACUUAGCACAAGCAGUGACCAACUUGGGCAUUUCUUUAGAUGAUUAUAGUAAGGUGCUUGCUUCUAUAUGUCAAGAGACGUCUGGCAGUUUGGAGCAAAAUGAUGCAUGUGCUUCCAGCGAAAAUGCGGCAGAUGAGGGAAAGUCAGCAAAAGCAACGUUGAAUGAGUCAACACAAGUGAUUGGAGAGGAUGCUGAAAAGGCUACCCCUGAACAAGUCACUGUUGUUGAUGGUAGGUCUUCUAAGUCCGUCACGAGCAAUGGCAUUGUACAGUCCAUUGAAGAUGACGUGUUGGAAGAUCCAAAGUCCCUAAAGAAGCAAGAUGUGAAUAAUUCUGAUCGCUCUAAAGGUGUGAAUAUAUCAAGCAAUGAAGAUCCCGAUAAUGUCAGCACUAAAAAAGUUGACAGUACAGAACAAAAGCCAGUACAAGCCACCAGGAGCAGGAGAAAGAAAUAUCAUUCUACAAAAUUGGCAGAACCUUCUGAGGGUUCAGCUGUUACUCGUGACAGGGAUGCUGAUAAAAUGCCUGACUCUAAAAGUAACAAGAAGGACCUUUGCAGUUCACUUCAUGAAAACAAUGCUACUGAGGGUGCAGGGCCUUCAGAGAAUGACAAGGAGAGUCAUGCUAAGAUUUCAUCAGGAAAGGUAGGAACUAAUGAGCCUGAAGCUGUGGCUUCUCCCAGUGAAAGCCAUCCUGAUGAAAUUCGUUCCAAAAAGCCUGGAAAAGCAAAUAAGAAAGGAAGGCCGGCCAAAGAAGUGGUAAUUUCCUCAGAUGAUGUUACCAAAAAGGUGUCAGAAGUAACAAGUGAUUCAGAUGCAAAACCUACCAAGCGGUCCUCCAAGAAGGCACCUGGUGGUGGCUCAAAUGGGAAAAAAACUAAUGUGGCGGAUUCAGUUGAAAAAACAAGUGGGAAUAUGAGUGAUCAGGAAGGCAAAAGGCGGUCAGCUAAGAAAGAUGGGACCAACAAGGGCAUCGGAUCCUCUUUGAGGCACCUGAAGGAAAAUAAGAGGCAGAAGCAGGACAAUGUCUCUGAUAUGGAUGUAGCAAAAUCUGCUAAAGAUGAAGAGAAGGAAACUGUAUCUUCACCAAAGUCAGGUACAAGAUUGAUUAAAGAUGAACAGUGUUUGGAGGAAACACCCAAGACCAAUUUGAAGAGGAAACCUACUCCGGGUCCAGGAAAAGAAAAUAAGUCUGAUAUCAAGGUAUAUGAUGGAAAUCUUGUGGGCUCACGUGUUAAAGUUUGGUGGCCAGAUGAUCGUGAGUAUUACAAUGGUACCGUUGAGUCCUUUGAUUCUGCCAAAAAGAAGCACAAGGUUGCAUACGAUGAUGGUGAUAUAGAAAUAUUAAAUCUUAGAAAGGAAAAAUGGGAGCUUCUUCAGGAAGGAGAUGAUCAUGCAGGACCUGAUGUUUCAGCUGAUAUGCCUUCAAAUAAGAAGAGGAAAAGAAGUGCUGGUCAGUCAACCAAGGGAAGAAUUACGGAUUCUCUUGCCAAGAGUGGAGGAGCUGCAUCCAGCAAAUCGAAGGGCGCAUCCACAAAGGCUGGCCAUAAGUCGAAAGAUGGCAGCAAAGUUGAUAGCAAAGCCAAAGAUUCCAAGAGCAUCGGCAAAUCGGAGGAUGGCAUUAGUAGAAAAUCAAAGGAUCAUGGCUCGAAAAGUGGUUUCAAUAAGUCGGCUGAUGCUACACCAGUGAUGACUGAAUCCAACGACGUUGACACUCCCAAGGCCAGCAAAUCAAAGAGCGAUUCUAAGCCCAAGCAAGAAACCCCAAGAAAACCCAAGAAAGAAACAUCAAGUACUCCUGCUUCUAAGGGGAGACCACCCAAAAGUGUUGGAAAGUCCAAUGUUAAUGCAACUGGCAAGGUCAAAUCUGGUUCAUCAAAGACAAAAGAUGCCAAGAAUGAGUUCUCGGCUGAUUCAACAGAAAAGGCAAAAGACACGAAGGAUAAGGGAUCAAGUUCAUCCAAGGCACAAGGAAGUGCUGCCAAGGCUGGAAAAAAGCGUCAAAGGGGCUAGAAAUAGAUAUCUACUCAUUGUGGUUUCCAUCGAAGCUAUUUGCUCGGCUUUGCCUCUAAUAUUCCAUGCAGCAUUUUCGGUAUUUUCUCCGGGUCUGGGCUUUGUAAUUUAAUCUAGGCCGUGUAUUACUCCAUUUGUGGCGGAUUAGUUAUUCCCACAAUGUUGCUACUUACUAGCAUUGUUAUCUAUAGUUAGGCUAGGAGUUAGUAUCUAUCAAUUUUUUUCACCUUGUUUCUAGGAAGACGUAAUUUGGAGGCAUUUUUCCGAUGUGUUUGCAGGCAACCUAGCUAGUGUUUUGGUAUAUACGAAAAUUUGACACAAA